AUGUUGCGGCCGAACUGGGCAGGCUAUGGAACCGUCCAACGUACCAGGUGUGCUGUCAUCGCUCUUGUUGUCGUCAUCUUAGUCGUGGGACUCUGGCAAAGUCGGGACAAUGUCUAUGCACAAUUGCAGAAACACAAGUCUAUCGUUAGUCAAUCGAAGUCUUCCCCACGAGAAAUCGCAGCGAACUCUACACUUGGAUUCCAAAAGAUCUUGGCACUCUCGUCGAAGCCGAGUUGGCGAACCCGAGGUCUUGAAGCAGCAGGCCACAUAACGGGCCUGGAGUUUACGAUUCCGCCUCAGGGGCAGAACUCCGAUGACUUGAUAAGGGCAUUUCAGAACAUUGGCGCUGAUAGAGGCGCCAAGAGACCAGAAUAUGGCUCGGCUAGAGCAUGGCUUUCACACCUCGAUCUUCUGAAGUAUGUCAUAGCCUCGGACCUCGAGACUGCCUUGAUCAUAGAAGACGAUGUCGAUUGGGAUGUUCGGAUCAAGUCAGAGAUGCGCUUGGUUUCCGAUAACGUUCGGGCCUAUACCCGCGUUAGAGAAGAUGACCCUACACCUUUCGGGAAGAACUGGGAUGUCUUGUGGCUCGGCCAUUGCGGCUCUAUCAUCACCGAUGACAUGGCCGAACCUCGUGUCUAUGCGGAUGAUUCGCGCUGCGAAACGGACCUAUACUCCGGAUGGUCGAAGCGCUUUCUUAGGGAGAAAUUGACGGAAGGACAUCGUCAGGUCCAAACUUCCAUGUUGACGGUCUGCACUUUCGGGUUUGGCGUUACGAAGCAUGGCGCACGUAAAAUGCUGCCUCUGUUAUCGAAAGGAGGCGAUGAGGCGUAUGAUGUUGCGUUGUCUGGAUAUUGUCGAGACCAGAAACUCAAGUGUCUUGUCGUCAAUCCUCAACUAUUCAACCACUACGAACCUCCGCCAGACUCGGGCUAUCUAAGCGAUGUACACGUUGGCGAUGGGAAAGGCCAGACGAGCGACGACGUAGAUUUUGAGGAUAGCAUGGGAACGACGGGGAACAUAAUGAAGAGCGCCCGGUGUGAGGCUUUGUUUCAUGAAACGUGCAUGAGACCGCCCUCAGACUUAUAA